AUGGCGCCAAUCAAAGGGAAGCCUUUAAUCCUAUACAUUGCGGCAUUAGAACGCUCAUUAGGUGCAUUGCUCGCCCAACACAACGAGGAUGGAAAGGAAAAUGCGUUAUAUUACUUGAGUAGAACUCUCGUAGGGGCAGAACAAAAUUACACCCCGAUCGAAAAGGUCUGCCUCGCUUUGGUGUUCGCUGUACAGAAACUACGACACUACAUCCUCUCUCAUAGAGUCAUUUUGAUUUCCAAGGCAGAUCCACUCCGAUAUUUAAUGUCCAAGCCUGUGCUCUCUGGGCGAAUAGCCAAGUGGUCUCUCCUUCUCUCCGAGUUCGAGAUAAAGUUUGUGCCACAAAAGGCAAUCAAAGGGCAGGCUCUUGCUGAUUUCUUGGCUGCUCAUCCUACUCCUGACAACAUGGAGUUAUCUAAUGAUUUGCCCGACGAAGAGGUGUUCACGACAGAAGCACUUAUAUGGCAGUUAUAUUUUGAUGGGGCAGCAAGAGGAAAAGGAGCUGGGGCAGGAGUAGUAUUCAUCACGCCGUCUGGGGGCUUAAUCCCAUACUCAUUCUCUUUACUAGCUUUAUGUUCAAAUAAUGUGGCAGAAUACGAGGCACUCAUCAUUGGCCUUGAAAUUGCUCUCGAGAUGCAUAUUGAUUAUUUGCAAGCAUACGGUGAUUCACAGUUAGUCGUUAGACAGUUGAAUGGCCAAUACGCUGUCAGGAAUACUACUCUCGUCCCAUACCAUGAAAGGGCAAAGUAUCUCAUGUCGCAGUUCCAAGACAUCCAUGUUAGUCACAUCCCGAGGUCGGAAAAUGAUAAAGCUGAUGCACUAGCUAAUUUGGCUGCAUCGUUAACACUACCUGAUGAAAGGGAUAUCCAAAUCACUGUUGGGGAACGUCACUUACUACUCCCAGCUAUAGAGAGAAUUGAGGAAGUUGUUGAUUCAAACGUCAUUACGGCUUCCGAAUGUGAGGGGGAACCAGAUGAUCUUGAUUGGCGCCAUCCCAUAAUCGAGUAUCUCCGACAAGGCAAGUUGCCAAAUGACUCAAGGAAAAAGGCUGAAGUCCGACGCAGAGCCACUCAAUUUCUGUACCUAAAUGACACCUUGUACAAAAGAUCAUUUGAUGGUAUGUUGUUAAGGUGUCUGUCGAAACAAGACUCAACUAAGGCCUUUCAUGAUACUCAUGCUGGCACUUGCGGUGCUCAUCAAGCUGGUCCAAAACUCUCAAACCAACUGAAGAGAUUGGGUUAUUACUGGCCAACAAUGGUCCAAGACUCAAUAAAAUUUGCAACCACAUGCAAAGAUUGCCAGUUACAUGGAGACUUUAUUCACCAGCCACCCCAACAAUUACAUCCGACUACUUUGUCUUGGCCAUUUGAAGCUUGGGGAUUAGAUGUUAUUGGCAUGAUAAAGCCUAAGUCAUCACGUCAACAUCAGUACAUCUUGGCCGCGACCGAUUACUUCUCUAAAUGGGCUGAAGCGAUUCCUUUAAAGGAGGUACGAGCAGACGAUGUCACAAACUUCAUAAGAAAUCAUAUCAUCUACCGUUAUGGGGUUCCAUCGAAGAUAAUAUCCGACAAUGCAUUAUAUUUCAAGUGCAAGUCCAUGACCAAGUUGUGCGAGAAGUAUAGAUUUCAACACUCGUUUUCCGCGAGUUACAAUCCGUCGUCAAACGGUCAAGCUGAAGCUUUCAAUAAGGUACUGUGCAACAUCCUAAAGAAGGCGGUCUCAGGAAAUAAAAGAGACUGGCAUGAGCGCCUCCCUGAAGCAUUAUGGGCUUAUAGGACGACCAUACGCAAUUCAACAGGAUGUACACCCUACAAUUUGGUGUUUGGCUCCGAGGCUGUUCUACCGUUAGAAGUCCAAUUGCCAUCGUUAAGGAUGUACACCUGA